UAAGCCUUUUCCCGGUGAAUAAACACUACAGAACACUGCCAAAAUGGACACGAAAUGGACGUUUAUGCCCAAUUCCAACAUGUCCCUCCCUGACCGCCUGCUCAAUGAUAGUUUCUUCCCCGGAAACGAGUCUGACUUUGGUCUGGAGAUUUACCCUCACAAUAGCACCCACCCUGGCUUCGACCAAACCAGCUCAGCAGUCAUCACGUUUGUAUACUUCGUCGUCUGCACGGUGGGGCUCUGUGGGAAUGCCCUGGUCAUUUACGUCAUCCUGCGCUACGCCAAGAUGAAGACCGUCACGAACAUCUACAUUCUGAACCUGGCCGUGGCGGAUGUCCUGUGCAUGCUGAGCUUGCCUUUCAUCGCCAUUCAGCUCUCGCUGCUCCACUGGCCCUUUGGAUCGGCGAUAUGCCGCGUCGUCCUAACCGUGGACUCCAUGAACCAGUUCACCAGCAUCUUCUUUUUGACGGUCAUGAGCUUCGAUCGAUACUUGGCCGUGGUGCAUCCGAUCAAAUCCACCAAAUGGCGAAAGCCGCGCAUGGCCAAAAUCAUCAGCCUGGCCAUGUGGGGCAUUUCUCUGCUGGUCAACCUACCGAUUAUGAUCUACAGCGGUGUGAACACCAAAAAGAAUGAGGCAAGGACGUGUACCAUGUUGUGGCCGGAGCCACAGAACACCUACUACACCGCUUUCAUCUUCUACACCUUCUUCAUGGGGUUUUUCUUACCACUGAUAGUCAUCUCCAUGUGCUACCUGCUCAUCGUCAUAAAGGUGAAAUCCUCUGGCAUGCGAGUCAGCUCCACCAAACGAAAGCGCUCUGAGCGGAAAGUCACCCGUAUGGUGUCUAUCGUAGUAGUGGUGUUCGUCUUAUGCUGGUUACCUUUCUACGUGUUCAAUGUGACCUCUGUGACCGGAACCGUUCCCACCACACCUGUGCUGAAGAGCACCUUUGACUUCGUGGUGGUGCUGGGUUACGCCAACAGCUGCGCCAACCCCAUCCUCUACGCCUUCUUGUCGGACAACUUCAAGAAGAGCUUCCAAAACGUCCUGUGUCUUAAAAGAGUCGGCGGCUUGGAUGAGAUCGAGCGCAGCGACAGUCGACAGGACAGGACUCGAAUGGUCAACGACGUCAUGACGGAAACGCACAACGCCGCGCUGCUCAACGGAGACCUUCAAACCAGCAUCUGAGGAGAUAAAAGCCACUGCUGAGAUAGAUGUUACAUGAAAUCUGUUUGUUAAACCACCUGCGCUGGGAGAGAUUUAGUAUUUAAGAGCAACAAUACACAUCUAAACGCAACCCAAACCCCAUUUUUAGGACAUCCUAGUGUCUUAAAAUGUCCACUUGCAUGAACUUGAUCUGACUUAUCUCGUGUAUUUAAGCGAUGAGCAAACGAAUGUCGUUUACUGUAAAUAACUCUAUUCGGUGUAACUGUCUGAAGAAAUUCUGAAGCUGUUGUGUUUCUUAUGUGUGUAUGUUCACUUCAGUGCCAAAAUUGUCUUUAAUGUUAAGAGAUAAGUCUACCGCCAAUUCAAGAUCACGGCCCUCAUUAGAUAAACAUGAUUUCAUUCUCUUUAUGGAAACACAAGGCCAAGCUUGUUAGAGGCUUCUUAUUAUUCAAGGCUUUUUGUGAUGAUGAAUACAAGAUGAGUGAGUGCUUGACAAGGCCAAAUCACUGAAUAUAAAACAUCUCCGAAAUCUAAAAAAAAAAAAAAAGAUGUAUGUAUCGGUGGCAUAUUUAUUUGUUGUUUAUUUAGUGAAUUAUGCUUAGAAUAUCUUGUUUACAUGCAUAUCAUUUCGCCUCUGGUUCCCAGUAGAGUUUUAUUUUGGUAGAGCAAAUGUUCAUAAGGUUCAGAGGAGAGGGGGAGGAAAAGAUGGGCUCUGUUACAAAACUUACUAAGCUUCCUACUUAAACAGCA